UGUCGUGGUCUUUGCCUGUGUUAAAUGAGUAAAUGCCUAUAGCUGGCAAGUUUAGAGGAAAGGCUACAUCAUGUUCUUGACUGGUUAAGUUCCUUGAUGCAAGCUUUUUUAUUUUCCCUGGAUUUCAGUCUGAGGUGACUUUGACUAUGUGAAGGAAAAUCAGAAUCUGGAAGUGGAAAAAGCCAAUCCCUCAGCCACAAUGAGCUCUGAACAUGAAGAAGUUGGUGUUGUGAAAACAGUCAUUAAUGGGCUUAUCACAAGCAGCAAUGGACAAGAGAAAGCUGUUGACGUUCCUUUAUCUGCACGCUCUGUUUCUGCUGUUAAAAUAAUCCCUGUGAAGAAACUGAAAAGUUCUCCUGACCUAGUGCUGCCUACAGACACGGACCCUGCUAAAGUCUGUAGCGGAAAAGGAGCUGUGACUUUGCGGGCAUCUCCAGCCUAUGAGGAAAGUCAGACUAUCUGUUCCCCAUGUUCUCAAGAUGUCCAGCAAUCUGAAAAUGAAUGGAAGUUAUCAUCUAAUGUGGAUUCCAAUGGAGAUUCCCUACCAUCUUCUCUGGCUGCCAAGGGUUAUAGAAGUGUGCGUCCAAACCUCUCCUCAGAGGGCAAAUCACAGCCCCUUUCUCCUCCCCGUCCUCCUCUUCCAAAAGAGGAAAGCUUUGCAUGGCGUCCUUGCACUGACACUAAAGUAACCAACCUGUUGCCAGUGCCCAUCAUGGAUUGUGUGUACCUGAAUGCACCUAAGCCUUACACACAGUGUGCGUCACCGAGUACCAGUAGGAAGUAUUACACCUCAUCACCUACACCUUUUGGGACAAUCCCCAGUGGGAAGCAAGGCUAUCCAGCUGGGCAUCCCCUCCCUGCAAUUGGUUUGACCCCCAAGGAUGCGAUGCAUGCUGGUCAGUCGCUUUUGGGAAGUAGCUGCUUGUUAUCAGGCGCAUCAUCCAAACAACAAAGCACUGCCAGGGCAGAUCCCAGUAGUACAGCUGGAAUGAAUUCCAGUCAUGAGACGAAAGCAAAUAAAAAGGUCAGCAGUCUAUAUGUAGCUUGUUUAUCUAACAGCACUUGCUCGGACGCAUCUGAAAAUCCCACCAGCAUUGCACAUGACCAAACAGACAGCACCGGUUUGGGAGCUGAGGUCACUCGAGCACUAGCCACCAACAUUAUUUCCUCUGUAACAGAUACUGGAAAAUCUCUUCCUCCUCCUCCUCCUCCUCCUAUCCCUCCCAGGCCGUACUUUAACAUUGUCCUCAGUAAAGACGCAGUUAGCUAUGGUGCAAGCCAUCCCUCCAGAACUCAAUUGCCACCUCCUCAAACUGUGAGGGAAGGAGCGAUAGAGUCCCAGAAUACGGCUGGCAGUGAAAACAGGAUGAGAAAAGAGCUGUACCUUACACCACAGCAACAGCAGCAGCAGCAGCAACAAUACAAGGCGAAGGGACGCAAAAUGGAUGCAUUUGGCAUUACCACAGCUCAGCCUGGGGUUAUAGUAGUCCCACUCCUCCAGGUUAAUACAGACAGAGAGCAAGAAGGCAGCUCCAGCACUCCACCACCACCUCUGGUAUCUUUUGGGCAAGGCACCAUCUUCCCUGAGACCGUUCCUCCUGGCUCACCUCUGACUUUUCCGACACUAGAUGAUUUCAUUCCCCCUCACCUGCAGAGGGGCCCCCACCAUCACCAACCACCCACUUCAUCUGGCAUCUUGCCCCCAGUUUGCCCGAAACUGCCAUCAUUCUCACCACCACCUCCAUUGGUCCCUCCAGUCACAGAGGCUUUGCACAGAAGCUUGGAGCCUGAAAUCACUGGAGUCACUUCACAUACAGACCCAGGUCCUGUGCUAAAUGAAGUUUCCCAACCUAGUUUUGGCAGUGAACACCAAAGCUCUUUAACAUCAAUCAGCAAGCCUUCCUCUGUGUAUCCUUCCACUACCAUUGUCAAUCCUACCAUCGUCCUCUUGCAGCACAACAGAGAACAGCAAAAAAGGCUUAGUAGCCUGGCAGAUCCUGUACCAGUCAGUUCACUUGCUGAUAAAGUAGACUCUGUGCUAAUACAGGAAAAGCCAGUGCAGGACAUCACUCGAAGUGAGAAACCAGCAAUGGAGGAGAAGAGACGAGUUGUUAGUGGUCCUCGGUAUAUGGCCGACGCCUCUGUGGAUGAUAUAGGCAUUCCUCUAAGGAACACAGACAGAUCAAAGGAUUGGUACAAGACAAUGUUCAAACAGAUUCAUAAGCUAACAAAAGACACUCCUGAAGAAAACCCUUAUUGCCCUACCUACAAAUUUCCUGAACUUCCUGAAAUCCAGCAAAAACCCGAAGAACACAAUCCUUAUUCUCCUACAUACCAGUUUCCUGCGUCUACUCCUAGCCCUAAAUCUGAAGAUGAAGAUUCUGAUUCAUCCUAUCCUCAUUAUUCCUUUUCUGAAGAUACAAGAACCCAACCCUCAGUACCUCGGUCCAAGAGUGCAAUGGACAACAUUGACACUGAGAAGGUCAUUAGGAGAUCUGCUACUCUGCCACUGCCAACUCGCACGUCAUCGUUAAAAUCCAGCCUCGAAAGGAAUGAUUGGGAGCCCCCUGACAAGAAGGUGGAUACUAGAAAGUACCGGGCAGAGCCCAAGAGCAUUUACGACUAUCAACCAGGAAAGUCCUCAGUCUUGAACAACGAAAAGAUGACUCGGGAUAUAAGCCCAGAAGAGAUAGAUUUAAAGAAUGAACCUUGGUAUAAAUUCUUUUCGGAAUUGGAGUUUGGGAAACCGCCUCCAAAAAAGAUAUGGGAUUAUACUCCUGGAGAUUGCUCUAUCCUUACUAGAGAGGAUAGAAAGACUGAUCUAGAAAAAGACCUCUACCUCUACCAGACUGAGUUAGAGGCAGAUUUAGAAAAAAUGGAGAAGCUUUAUAAAACGCCAGAUAAAAAGCCACAGAAGAGUACAGCAAGCACCACUCCUCUGGAAACUUCCACAGACCAUUCAUCCUACUCAGCCUAUUCUCCCAACUACUAUGCAGUAAGGCGAGAUCUCGAAUCAGCACCGGGGGACCUUGCUGGCUUGGACAAUGAAAGGCAGAUUUAUAAGAGCGUGCUGGAAGGUGGAGAUAUCCCGCUACAGGGGUUAAGCGGUCUCAAGCGCCCGUCUAGCUCUGCUUCCACUAAAGUAGAUUCAGAAUCACCAAGACAUUUUGUACCAGUUGAUUACAUGGAAACUCCAGAAGAAAUUCUCCGCCGACGUCAUGAUGACAAAGAGAAACUUUUAGAGGACCAGAGACGACUUAAACGUGAGCAAGAAGAAGCUGAUAUUGCAGCUAGAAGGCACACGGGGGUUAUUCCAACGCACCAUCAGUUUAUCACUAAUGAGCGAUUUGGGGACCUUCUAAAUGUAGACGAUACAGCAAAGAGGAAAUCUGGGUCAGAGAUGAGACCUGCUAGAGCCAAGUUUGACUUUAAAGCACAGACAUUAAAGGAACUUCCGCUGCAGAAAGGAGAUAUAGUUUACAUAUACAAGCAGAUUGACCAGAACUGGUAUGAAGGAGAACACCAUGGCAGAGUUGGCAUCUUCCCACGGUCAUACAUAGAGUUACUCCCACCAGCUGAAAAAGCCCAGCCGAAAAAGAUGUCACCAUUACAAGUAUUAGAAUAUGGAGAUGCUGUUGCUAAAUUUAACUUCAAUGGAGAUACUCAAGUAGAAAUGUCAUUCAGAAAGGGAGAAAAGAUCACAUUGAUUCGACGAGUUGAUGAGAACUGGUAUGAAGGAAAAAUUUCUGGCACUGGUCGCCAAGGCAUCUUUCCUGUCACGUAUGUGGAAGUGCUCAAACGUCCAGUGGUGAAGAAUGCCGUUGACUAUGCUGACCCACUGAUGUCCCACUCCCCUAAUCGCAGUAUGACAGCAUCCCCUCAGUUUCACAGCUCUGAGCUGCUGCACACACCAACUCCUCCGCCUUUGCCUUUCCCACGCCACGCCCUGUCUCCAGAGGUGCAGGCAGUCACAUCCGAGUGGAUUUCCCUGACCAUAGGAGUGUCUCCUAGCAGCACUCCUGCCAUAACCCCUCCAUUGCCUCCUCUGCCUGAAGCCUGCCUCAGUCACAUUGGCUGUCGCACUCCUUCUGCUUUGUCCAGCCCUUCCCCCUCAGUCAGCCUUCACCAUUCUAAUCUCUCCGGCUCCUCAACUCCCAGGUCCAUCAUAUCUCCAUUGCCAUCUUACCCGUCCAGACCACAGUCUUCUGCUCGCAGCUUCAAUCAUGCCACUCCGCAAAGUGAAGAAAAAUUUGUUGGCUCCCCUUCUCCGAACACGUGUAACUGUAACUACCCUAGUGCCACUGUUGGGAGCCCCAAUAGUUUCCUCUCGGAGCUCAGUGAUGUCAUUGGCAUCCAAGCCAAGCUGCAAAAGAAUAGAGAAGGCUUCAGCAGCAGUGAAAGGAAGGAACAGAAGGAGCCAGACAGACGCUCCAGUGUCCCUCCUGAAACCUCUCUUCAGGGGUGUCUGAAACCCUCAGAGUUAGAUAUGUUCAUGAGCCCUGAGAAGAGGCCCCCUGGUUCCUUUGAGGAGAGCCAGUCAUGUCAGGAUCUAAUGGCUAUUGUACAGGGAAAUAACACUGAGAAAAGAAGUGUGAGGAAAGGUGGUGAAAUGAAAGAGAUGCAAAGCGGGGUAAAAAAGACUGCUGACACAAACGCAUUCUCUUCGUCUGCUUCUCUCUCUUCCUCUGCCCUCUCUUCCUCUGCUGUCCCAACACAACCACCUCCCAGACUUGCACGCAAGGUCAAUAAGCCACAGCCUUCUCAUCAUUCAUUGAGAGCAGGACCAGAUCUCACAGAGUCUGAAAAGAGCUAUGUGGAAGCAGUUUGCAAUGAGAUCAUAAACAUUGCAGAAAAGUCUGUUCAUUACUGCAGUACUAUUUCUCAGCCUCUUGACUCUCGCCACAAGGUCACCUCUAAUGACAAUAAACCAUCUCUAAUCAUUUCUCAGCAACCUCAAGCACAGCAGCAAGGAGCCAGCCCUGACAGGAGUCAAACACCACGAGACAUAGUUAGCUACCAAGCCCUCUACAGCUAUACGCCACAGAAUGAUGAUGAGCUAGAGCUAAGGGAUGGGGAUAUUGUGGAUGUCAUGGAGAAGUGUGAUGAUGGCUGGUUUGUGGGUACAUCCAGGAGGACAAGGCAGUUUGGCACUUUCCCAGGCAACUAUGUGAAACUUCUGUAUUUGUAAAGCAAUCCUAAAACUGCAGUAAAUGGUUGUUAGGUGUUUUGUUUACAGACAACAUAUAAAUAGCAACAACCUAUGAAAUCAGAUAAUUUUGAAUGUAAUAGACAGGAGAUGAGAAGUGUAAGUGGGAUGUGGUUAUGUGGUACAUACAGUAUUGCGUUGAAUGUGCAGCCCUGGUUCUACUGAGGCAGGGCUUAAAUGACAUAUUUGCUGAAGAAGAGACAAUGUUUCUAGUUUACAGUGCUGCCUUUGUAUAUUCCCCCUUCCCCUCCAAGAGUUCUGAUGAUAAUCUUAGUUUUCAUAGGCUUUUUUAUUGAGUGAGUACUUAGCUCUAAGACAGAACUGAGGACAGCAGCAGGAUGGAAUAGGUAACUCACCACCCUUCAACUGCUUCCCUUCUACGAUUGGGUAAGGGGAUCUUCUCCAAUAUCAAGGUACCCUCCUCCCGUAAUAAGGGCACCCCCAUCCAACAGGUUAUUUCCCUCUGCUUCCUACUUUAAUUCUACACUCUUUCCUCCUGACGUGCACUUCAGCAGGCAGAGCUGUCAGACAGCUUUUUGUGGUUAGUCUACAGGGCACUGUAUCAUGCAGAGAGCUUUGAAUUGGUAGUUUAAUCCAGAGGAAUAGGCCAAAAACAGAAAAAGAAAAAAACACUGCACAAAACCCAGUAGGGUUGUAUUUUCUACAGUUGUCUGCACAAGUAAUUGAAAUUUCAGGUACAAAUCUUAUUUGCAACAACCAUGGCCAUAAUUAUUUUUUCAAAAUUGUUGGCCCUGAUGACACCUUUUGAAGUGUACCCUUUGCAAUGAAGAUGUCAUUUCUUCCUGGUGUUCUACCUUAAAAAUCCAGAUAGAUGCUAGCAAAAUAUUAAUGUGUGCCUUUUUUCUUUUUUUGGUUAUGGUUUUGAUGGUGGGUCUUGAAUAAAUUAAGACAUUUUGGCUGCCUCCUAAUGAAACAAGAAAGUCAAGCCAAUUUGUAAGCUGCACUUACACAGCUUUUACCAGCUGCAUAUAUUUGUACUACUUUGAAAAACAUGGAUUGCCCAUAUACUUGUCUGUAAGUCAAAAAUGAAUGCUCUUUUUGAUAGAAAUUUUGUUAAAAAAAAAAGCAUAAACAGAACCUGUUGCAUCAGACUCUGCUUCCAACAGCUAUAGUACAAAUAGCAAAGGUUUAGAUUGCUAUUUUGUCAUAAGCCGUAUUUAAUAAUAUAAAAUGCCUAUUUUUAUGCUGAUGCUUUUAUACAGAUUUAUUAAUAGUAACUGCAACUAACUGUUAGCAUGACUUGCAAUACGUUUUGAUAAAAUAGCCAUGCUCCUGGGUUGAAAAACAAAUGAACUUUAUCUUUCGCCAAAAUCAGCGGAAGAAAAGACUCAAAGUGCUUCAGAAGUUUGACUGUAAAUAUGUAUAUUUAACUUUGUACAGACAAUGUACUUACCUUGUAUAGAAAAAAAUAAUUUAAACACUUUGAAUGAAAGAGAAAAAAAGGCAGUUAAUGAAAGGUUGAGGUUGUUUUUUCUUUUUCCAUUUUUAUUUAAAUGAAGGAAUUCCACCUAAGAGUUCACCUGAAGAGUUUGACCACAAAGUAUCUGCUAUAAAAUGGUUACAGAUAUGACACACAGCACCAUUACUUUUGUGUGGGAGGGUUAUCUUUAGUCCUUACCUUAUUUAUAGUUUUUGGUUUUCUGCUUUUGACUUGCAUUCAUGUUACCUGCAGCAAUAUUUAAACCUGUCGCUAGGACUGGAUAACACCAAAUGAAUCUAUCCAGCAAAAUAACAUGAUGAUACUGACUGUAUAUAACCAACUCAUUUAAAAGUUUAUUUUUUGUUGUUGUUGCUGCUAUUCUUGCCAUUUUUAGUUAUACACACAAACACACACCCCACAAGUUCUUUUUUGUUUAUUUUUGUUUCUUAUUGCAGUGGAUUAUGGUUUGACAAUUAAUAAAUGGAAGUAUUGAGUUACUACUGUGUUCCUUGUACAAAUUAUUAAAUAAAGUAUAUUCCAAGUU